AUGGCCCAGCUGCAGAAGCGAAAGCCUGCCCGGAUGGAGUUGUCACCGCGCGUUGCCCAAGCUCCACCCAGAACCACCCCAAGCGGCGGCCCCGUCAAGAGGAGGACUGCUAGUCCUUUUGGAGCCAUGAAUCGGACCAAGGUGCCAGCGCGUUUGGAGCCGAACAAGGGGUCAGAAGCAGAAGCGCGACGGUCUCCACGUGGAAAGGACAAGACGAAGCCGAAAGAGAAGCGAGAAGGAUUCCACGCAUUGAAGAUGCAGCGGGCGCUGGCCCCCAUAGGAUAUGGUCACAGAAGUGCGGUCAAGAGCAAGAUACAACACCUGGACAGCUUCGAGCAGUUUCCACUGCUAGACCUUGUGAAGGAGUCGAUCGCCUCUCAGGCAUUCCCUGGGUUGGAGGACGUUGCGCCCACACCUGUUCAAAGGCUGGCUUUGCCCGCAUUGCUCGGAGCUGACCAUAAGGAUGGCCGUGCAAAGUCUCCACCUGUUUCUUCACAAAUGGAACAGUUCUUGCUGGCUGCAGAGACCGGAUCGGGAAAGACCUUGGCCUAUCUCCUACCGGUCAUUGAUGCGAUAAAGCGAGCCGAGAUGAUGGAAGCCAACGCAGAGGCACAAGAGAAAGCUCAGAAGAAGGCCACUGAGGAAUUGCGUAAGAACGAGAGUGACAUAUUCGGGCUGGAGCCGCCGCCAAUGAUCGGGCCGCAUCCUACAGCUGGGCGACCACGCGCCAUCAUUCUUGUGCCGACUGCAGAACUGGUAGACCAGGUUGCCUCGCUUGCUAAAGCCUUCUCUCACACUGUGAAAUACCGGGCCGCGCCCAUCUCAGCCGCAUACACUGGAAAGGUCAUCCGCAAUCGGCUCUUCUCUCCGGGUGGCAUCGACAUGCUCGUCAGCACGCCCCACCUCCUCGCCAGCAUUGCCGAGAGCGAACCCAACGUUCUCAGUCGAGUAUCACACCUCGUCAUCGACGAAGCCGACUCUCUACUUGACCGCUCGUUCUCGCCUCUAACCUCUGCUAUCAUCGACAAAUCCACACCUUCGCUGCGCCAGCUCAUCAUGUGCUCUGCCACCAUCCCACGGAGCCUGGACUCCUACCUCCGGAAGCGCUUCCCAGAUAUCAAGAGGCUCGUAACCCCUAACCUUCACGCCAUCCCUCGCCGGGUACAGCUCGGGGUUGUGGAAGUAGAGAAAGACCCCUACCGCGGUAACAAGGACCUCGCAUGUGCGGAAACCAUCUGGACUAUUGGCAAGUCAGCGGAAGAGCAUGGGGGAUCCGAAGACGGCUCCGCUAAAGAGAAGGCCGACACGAAGCACAUCAUCGUCUUCGUCAACGAGCGCGAAAAGGCGGCCGAAGUGGCCCAGUACCUUGCCUCCAAGGGCAUCGACGCCGAAGCACUGAGCAGGGACACGGCUUCGCUCCGACAAUCACCAACGCUCGCGGCCUUCACGGGUACCGCGCACGAAAGCAACGCCGCGAGCUCUGCGACGUCGGCUACAAUUGUGGCGGACCGCACCCUUCGUGGAGCGCCUCCGAGGCGAACGCUACCAAACACAAAGGUGCUUGUCACUACGGAUCUGGGAUCAAGAGGUAUUGACACGCUUGCCGUAAGGCAUGUUAUACUGUACGAUGUUCCGCACACCACUAUUGACUUUAUCCACCGGCUCGGCCGCACGGGACGUAUGGGCAGGAGGGGAAGGGGUAUCGUUCUUGUUGGGAAGAACGAUAGAAAAGACAUUGUAAAGGAAGUAAGAGAGGGCAUGUUCAAGGGGCAGGCGCUGAUAUAG